CUGCAUCGAUUGUGUGUCAGACGAUGUUGCCGCACUAUCGACAUCUCCUCCGUGCUAUUGUGCGAUCUGGCCCCGGGUUGUCCUUCCGAGCACCGAUGAACUUAUAACACCUCCGCUUCCGCUCGCUGCAUCCUCGCAACACCAUCCCUACCUGCAAAGCUUCCACACUCAUCAUGCCCAUCCUCGGCUGGCAUAGAGGCGAGCGCAUCAUCCAAGAGCGGCUCGGCUUUGGAGCCAGCAUGUCCAACAACUACACUUGGAUUCGGGACUUCAUGCCUGAUCAACAUCGUGAGUUCCACAGCACACGGCUACCCUUCAUUCCUGUCACCACGCUCGACGACCGAGGCCGUCCAUGGACGUCCAUCUGGGCCGGCAAAGCCGGCGAGCCAGGCUUCGUCAACAGCUCCUCGCCCAAUCACAUGGACAUGGAGAUCAAGGUCUGGGAGGGAGACCCCUUCUGGGACAACCACACGCUGUUCAAUGGCGAAAAACUGCUCGCAGCGGGCAUCGGCAUCGAGUUUUCCACUCGUCGAAGGAACAAGUUCGCAGGACAUGUUUACGCAAUGCAAAAGGACAACAAUGUAUUCCAACUGAAGCUCAUAGUCAAUGAAGCCAUAGGAAAUUGUCCAAAAUACAUCAACAUCCGCACACUCGAUCCUUACCCCGACACAUUACCUGUCAUCGUCCACAAGUGCGACAACUUGCCGGAAGAUGGGCGUUUACCGGAUGAACUAGUCGAGUUCGUUCGCGAGUGCGACACCAUUUUCAUUGGCUCUUCAUACGAGGCAUCGCCUGAGGAAGCAAAAAUGUUCCCCUCGCAUGUGGGUGCGAAUCAACGAGGCGGAAGACCAGGCUGGGUCCGUAUGAGAUCAGACGGGAGGACGGUUGUUAUUCCGGAUUACUCGGGCAACCGUGUGCUGAGUUCGCUGGGCAAUAUCGAGGUCACACCUGUUGCCAGCGUCACCAUCGUAGACUUCGCGACCGGGGACACACUCUAUAUCACUGGAAAGGCGCAUACAGCUGUAGGGCAGGAGGCGCAGGCCAUCAUGCCACGUCAGGGGGUGAUAACCCUUCUUGAAGUCACCGGAUAUCGUUUCGUUCGCGAUGCUCUCCCCGUUCGCCAGCGACCUGGCACGGAGCCCGAGCGCAGCCCUUAUAGCCCUCCGGUGCGUCUACUCGCGGAGGAGAUGGCAAAUGGAUCCAAGUUUUUCGAAGAGGAGGUUUCGGUCACCCUCACCCGCGUGCGCGUUCACAGCGCAGACCUUGCCACGUUCACCUGGGAAACAAGCAAGCCCCUCAACAUUCGACCUGGCCAGACCGCAGUCCUCGACUUCUCUGACUUGGUCGGUAAAGCUGGGUACCAGCACAUGGCCGACCUCAAGCCGUCCGCUGUCAACGACGACCGUGUCCGAACGUGGACCAUCUCCAGCGCACACCUCGCGCCGGAAGGCACGAAGACGUUUGACCUCACGAUGCGCGAGAUUCCGAACGGAACCAUCACCGGCGCCCUGUUCGCCACUGUACGCAAGCUGCAGGAGCUGCGCCCCGAGAUACUCGACGAUGCGCGCCAGAUCGGACUUACGGUCAAGCUCGUCGGCAUCUCAGGCGACUUCUACCUCGGGCUCCCGCCCACGCCAGGCGCGCCGCUCCCUGAGGACUCGAAUGAGAAGAUGCUCUGGCUCGCGGGAGGCAUCGGGCUCACACCGUUCCUGAGCAUGCUCAACGCUAUCGCGCACGCGGCGGCGUCUGACGCGCACUGGGAUGUCGUCCUCGUGGUCGCGACCCGCGAGCCUGAGGUGCUCCUCCCGCUCAUCGCAGAGUCGCUCGGCACUGGGACGGAGAACCUCCGCCUCGCUAUACACGUCUACUCUUCGAGCAGGCCCGCGCCUGACUUCCCGCAGCCGGCGCCCAAGGACGGGCUCGAGAUUACGUGCGAUGUUCACCCGGGCAGGAUCCCCGAGAGCUUCUUCGCAAGCAUGGAGGACCUGACUUCCCGUAAGACGUACAUGUGUGGGCCGGGGCCUUUCGAGCUGGGGAUGUCGGAUAUGCUUGGCAAGCAUGGCGUUACGUCUAUUGUCAGGGAGUCCUUCCAGUACUAAGCACGGAAUUUGUCUUUCUCUUCGUUUUCUUCUUGUCGACGUGCACGGUUUUCAAAAUCCAAGGACCAAUUCAGGGAAUUGUAUAUUAGCUUACUUACUGUACUUGAAGUUGUAAUUGGUUUGACGUGGUCUUGGUGCU